GAUGGAAAACCGCCAUGUCACCAGAGCCUCGUGAUUAUUAAUUAAUUGACUAGAAAACCCUCAAUUCUAACUCAUAUUCACCAACUACCCCACCAUAAAAGCAAAAAGCGCCGGCGAGAGGGCACUCAGCCUCCUCUCUAACUCUCACGCGCUUGAUCGGACUCUCUCCUCAUUAAGAUCGCCUCAGUCCGGAGCCCUAUCACUUGACCUCCAAUGUAGAAGAAAAACAAUAAACAGAAAAUUACGAAUAUGUCCUCGCAUGAACAAGCCCUAGCGUCCUUGAUCUCACAACUAGCCCUCUCCUUCGACGGCGCCAUUUUAGGUGCAGCCCUAGCCUACGCCGCCUUGCGUACAAUCUUCCGAUUCAAAUCAACCUCCACCGCCCUCCGAAAAAUUAGAGGUGCGCCGUCCCUCCGCGUGGCCGACCUCCGUUGCCUCGUCGAAGAGGACAAGUCCGAUUCCACGGAAGAACCUGUCGUCAUAAUUCGCGGCGCUGUCGAUGCGAGAUCGGCGGCCGAUGGACGGAGCUGGAAGAGCCUCAAGAAUGACGUGCUCGUCUCUCAAGAGUCCGGUGAUAAAGCUGUUGUUAUCCAAAGAACACAAACUUAUAUUUACCAUGAAUGGAGGGGUCUUUUUGGAUGGACUUCUGAUUUACGGGCUAUUAUUGGAAGAUCUUGGAAUAAAAAAGAGAUAACUUCAAUGAGAACAGUUCCUUUCAUUCUGGUUCAAGGUGGUCAGUGGCCGCAAUCUGAUUGUGUCAUAGUGAACAUGGAUGGCUCAAGGCAUUCCUUGCCUCUUACUACAGUUUAUCAUCAAUUGCAGCCUAUCAAUGCUUCUGCUUAUACAUUCCUUCAGGCUUUGUUUGGUCAUGAAUACCCUGUUGGUCUUCUUGAUGAAGAGAAAAUUCUUCCCUUGGGAAAGGAAAUCAGUGCUGUUGGCAUUUGUGGUUUCAAUAAUGGAGUGCCUGAAAUCAAGUCAUGCAAGGAGCUUCCUUAUUUUCUUUCUGACAUGACAAAGGAUCAGAUGUUGUUAGAUCUUGCCUUCAAGACAAAAAUACUAUUGUGGAGUAGUAUCGUUCUUGGUUCGCUGUCCAUUGGUAUCCUUGGCUAUGCUUUUGUGAGGAACUGGAAUAAAUGGAAAGAGUGGAGGCUAAGACGGUUUCGGCAAUCAACCCAUGCUGCCACUGAUGACGCCACUUCUGAGAUUGCAUCAGAUGAGGAGGCAGGUGAUGUUCCAGAUGGAGAGUUGUGUGUGAUCUGCUUGAUGAGGAGAAGACGGUCUGCAUUUAUUCCGUGUGGGCACCUGGUUUGUUGCCAACGUUGUGCUGUAUCAGUUGAACGGGAGCUGGUGCCAAAAUGCCCUGUUUGCCGCAUGGCAAUCCGUAGUUCAGUGCGAAUAUAUGCAUCUUAAUUAAGGAGAGAAUGGUUACUUUAUUGAACCUUUUUAGUCAUGGUACAAGAUAUUGACAUCAGGGUGACAUCAAAAAGCUUCAUGUAUAGUUCUAAAGCAUUUCCUGCAGUUAAAUCCAUAACUAUAGCAUUUCUAACAAUUUUCAAUAGCAUUGAAUGGGAUUGGAGUCGUUUGGAGUGGACUUAAGCUGCAUAGCUUGGUUAGGGUGACAUAAACGGAAUUAAGUCAAACUAGAGUUCUUGUGCUUAAUCCUUUUUUUUUUUGUGGGGGGGGGGGGGGAACUUCCAACCAUGUUAAUUUCUGAUUAUGAAUUUAAUUUCAUUCUCUCCACCUUAUGUAGAUACUCAGAACUAAGUUUGUGUAUAUGCCUAGUGAAGGAUUGAAGCAAAAUGUGAA